AUGGGGACCCUCAGAUGUGACCCUGCUCCACGGCUGACCACGGCGCCUCUGGGCCGGAGGGCCACGGAGUGCCAGAUUCCGGAGACUGGCCUGAGAAAAACCUGUGGGUUGGCCACCUUAGGGGACGGCUCUGGGCCAGGCUUGUACGUCCUGCCGUCCACCGUCGGCUACAUCAACCAUGACUGCACCAGGGUGGCUGGUCCUGCCUACUCACUGUUCCGAAGGCCCAGCGAGGCACCUCCGCUGGACGCCAGCCCUGGGCCGGUCUACUUCCUGGACCCCAAAGUCACCCGGUUUGGCCGGAGCUGCACCCCUGCCUACUCCAUACAGGGCCGGGGCAAGUCUCGGGGUCUGGAGGUGACGCCGGGCCCUGGGGCCUACAGCCCCGAGAAGGCGGCCCCCAUGCACCAGCGGACUCCCCCAGCUUUCACCCUGGGCUCCCGCCUGCGCCCGCGGCCCCUGGACACCUCGGUUCCUGCCCCCAACGCCUACACCCUGCCUCCACUCUGGGGCUCCCAGGUCUUCAUCAAGCCCAGCAGCCCUAGCUACACGGUGCUGGGCCGCACACCCCCUGCCCGCCCCCCACAGGAUCCCGCUGAGUCACCAGGUCCUGGCCAGUACGACAGCCCAGACCCCAAUGCCUACCGCCAACGCCCGCCCGCCUUCACCCUGCUGGGGCGGCCGCGUGCCCCCCGCCCCCGGAAUGAGACGCCCGGCCCUGGCACCCACAGCCCCGAGGGGGUCACUGUGACCAAGGCCCGGGCCCCGGCAUUUUCCAUGGGCAUCCGGCACUCCAAACGGGCCACCACCAUGGCCACAGACACCUGCGGACAGGGCCUGGGCCGGGCCUCGGUUGUCCCACACUGA